CAAGACAUAGCGAAGCGCCGUUAAUGAACGAGGCCAAGGUAAGCGAAAGACUGGAAUUUAAUCGAUGGCGUUUCCCUUUUAACCACGAGCAAUUUAUCGUGUUUUAGCUGGGCGACACCUAGUGGCGUUGCGACUUACGUCGUGGUUGCACUGUGUAAAUUCCGGUCGGCCCCCCGUUGAAAAUGGCCUGGUUGCACCACUGCUACAAUAUAAACUAGACAUGCAGCUGCCUGUAUUAUUUCUUGUGUCAGUGUUCUCACUUUUGUCACCCAAUUCAUCUGCUAAACAGAUUAGAAGGCAUAUCUAUGGACCUUCAAAAGAUGGAGAAUAUUGUCAGAAAGACUACUUCGAAACUGCUAAGGGUUGGUUGGAGGAAAGGUACUGCAAGAAAUGCAGAAGAGGAUAUGAAAAUAAUGAUACAGAACAUUCUAAUACAUGUACCAAAAUCAAAACAAAACCGACCACACAAUCGCCAAAAGGAAAGAACAUUACUGGAAAACAAAAACCUAUUAAAGAGCAAAACUGUAUUGUUUCUAAUUUGAUGUCAACACCAACAACAAAUGUGUACGAGCAAACGAAGAAAGUUCCAUCAUCCCCAAAAACACAAACAACGACACCCAGCAGAAUUAGUCAUGAUGUUGAAAACCAUGAAUUCAAAAAAAAAACGACACCAAGAAUUUUACAAAGGAAAUUAACAUCGUGUGCAAAACCCAAGCCUUUAAUGCUACUCCUUACAUUUGCACUAUAGCGAUACUGUCGAUCGUAGCUGUGGCAGAAUUUCUGUUAUAUUUUGGAUGUGCUAUAAACCCAAGCAAUGAAAGGACAAGA